CUGGGCCCAGCCUGGGGGUGGGCUCCCGCCCCCGGCCGGGCCUUCGCGGCGGCUAGAGCCGCUCUGGCGCUGAGGAGCACGCUGAGAGUCCGCGGGAGGCGAGCGCGGUGAGCUCAAGAGGAGGUCCAAGGGGCACAGCAAUGAUUAGAGACUCUCCUGGGAGUGAAUAGCCUCUGGCUGCAUAGAGGCCUGUGGGCUUACCGUCUGGUGCACCCAUGGAGAAAAGAGGCUCUGGGCUGAACAGUAUGAAGCCCCAGCCACUGCAGCUCGUGCUGGAGGAGCAAGUGCUGGCGCUACAGCAGCAGAUGGCAGAGAACCAGGCAGCCUCCUGGCGGAAGCUAAAGAACUCCCAGGAGGCCCAGCAGAGGCAAGCAACCCUUGUGAGGAAGCUGCAGGCCAAGGUGUUGCAGUAUCGGACCUGGUGCCAAGAGCUGGAGAAGCGGCUGGAAGCCACUGGGGGACCGGUCCCUCCGAGGUGGGAAAAUGUGGAGGAGCCAAACCUAGAACAGCUGCUAAUCCGCUUGGAGGAAGAGCAACAGAGGUGUGAGAGUCUAGCAGAGGUGAACACCCAGCUUCGGCUGCACAUGGAAAAAGCUGACGUGGUAAAUAAAGCCCUUCGGGAAGAUGUGGAAAAAUUGACAGUAGACUGGAGCCGGGCCCGGGAUGAGCUCAUGAGGAAGGAGAGCCAGUGGCAGAUGGAGCAGGAGUUCUUCAAGGGCUACCUAAAAGGGGAGCACGGUCGCCUUCUCAGUUUAUGGCGGGAGGUGGUGACCUUCCGACGCCACUUCCUGGAAAUGAAGUCAGCCACUGACAGAGAUCUGACUGAGCUGAAGGCUGAGCAUGUGAGGCUUUCAGGGUCCCUGUUGACCUGUUGUCUGCGCUUGACCAUGGGAGCACAGUCUCGGGAAUCUGAUGGAUCUGGGAGACUGAAUGGGGGCGAGCCAGCCCAGCUGCUGCUGCUACUAGCCAAGACCCAGGAGCUGGAGAAGGAAGCCCAUGACAGGAGCCAGGAGUUAAUACAGCUGAAGAGUCAAGGGGAACUGGAGAAGGCUGAGCUUCAGGAUCGGGUGACUGAGCUCUCUGCUCUGCUGAUCCAGUCUCAGAAGCAAAAUGAAGAUUAUGAAAAGAUGGUAAAGGCUCUGAGAGAGACAAUGGAGAUCCUGGAGACAAAUCAUGCAGAAUUAAUGGAACAUGAGGCAUCUCUUAGUAGGAAUGCCCAAGAGGAGAAGCUGUCUUUACAGCAGGUGAUCAAGGAUAUAACCCAGGUACUGGCCAUGGUGGAAGAAGGGGACAAUAUGGUCCAAGGCUCUGGUCGUGAGAACUCCUUGGAGCUGGACUCUAGUGGCUUCUCCUCCCAGUUUGACUCCCGGGACCCAGACAAGGCUCUUACUCUGGUGCGUUCAGUGCUGACUCGGAGACGCCAGGCUGUGCAGGACCUAAGGCAGCAGCUUUCAGGCUGUCAGGAAGCUGUGAGCUUCUUACAGCAGCAACACAAUCAGUGGGAGGAAGAGGGUGAGGCCUUGAGACAGCGGCUACAGAAGCUCACUGGAGAGCGGGACACUCUGGCAGGGCAGACCGUGGACCUCCAGGGAGAGGUGGACUCUCUCAGCAAGGAGCGAGAGCUCCUGCAGAAGACCAGGGAAGAGCUGCAGCAGCAGCUGGAGGUUCUGGAACAGGAGGCAUGGCGAUUGCGAAGGACUAACGUGGAGCUGCAGCUGCAGGGGGACUCUGCUCAGGGUGAGAAGGAGGAGCAGCAGGAGGAGCUGCACCUGGCUGUCCGUGAGAGGGAGCGCCUUCAGGAGACGCUGGCGGGCCUGGAAGCCAGACAAUCAGAAUCACUCAGUGAGCUGAUCACUCUUCGGGAAGCCCUGGAGUCCAGUCGCCUGGAAGGGGAGUUGCUGAGGCAAGAGCAAACAGAAGUGACCGCAGCGCUGGCCAGGGCAGAACAGUCCAUUGCAGAUCUGUCGAGUUCUGAGAACAGCCUGAAGGCUGAGGUAGCUGAUCUUCGGGCUGCAACUGUCAAGCUCAGUGCCUUAAAUGAGGCUUUGGCCUUAGACAAAGUUGGGCUGAGCCAGCAGCUUCUCCAGUUAGAACAAGAGAACCAGUCUGUGUGCAGCAGAAUGGAAGCAGCAGAGCAGGCAAGAAGUGCUUUGCAGGUGGGCCUGGCAGAGGCGGAGAGGAGCAGGGAAGCCCUUUGGGACAAGAGCACUCACCUGGAGGCUCAGCUGCAGAAAGCAGAGGAGACCAAGGCUGAGCUGCGGGCAGAUCUCAGGAGCAUCCAAGAAGAGAAGGAAGAAAUUCAAGAGAAACUUAGUGAGGCACGUCACCAGCAGGAGGCAGCCUCAGCUCAGCUGGAGCAGCUGCAUCAGGAGGCAAAGCGACAGGAAGAAGUGCUUGCCCGGGCAGUCCAGGAGAAGGAGGCCCUAGUCCGGGAGAGGGCGGCUCUAGAGGUGCGGCUGCAGGCUGUGGAGCGGGACCGGCAGGACCUCUCUGAACAACUGCUGGGGCUCAGCUCAGCCAAGGAGCUACUGGAGAACAGUCUGUUUGAAGCCCAACAACAAAAUUCUCUGAUAGAGGUCACCAAGGGGCAGCUGGAGGUUCAGCUUCAAACUGUCACUCAAGCCAAGGAAGUAAUCCAAGGGGAAGUGAGGUGCCUAAAGUUGGAACUGGACACUGAACGGAGCCAGGCAGAGCAGGAGCGGGAUACAGCAGCCAGACAGCUGGCCCAAGCUGAGCAAGAGGGACAGACUGCCCUGCAGCGACAGAAGUCAGCCCAUGAAGAGGAAGUGAACCAACUCCAGGAGAAAUGGGAGAAAGAGCGCUCUUGGCACCAGCAGGAGCUAGAUAAGGCUCUGGAGAGCCUAGAAAGGGAGAAAAUGGAGCUGGAAAUGAGGCUGAGGGAGCAGCAGGCAGAAACCGAGGCCAUCCGGACGCAGAGGGAAGAAGAACGGGCUGAGGCCGAGAGCGCCCUGUGCCAGAUGCAGCUCGAAACAGAGAAAGAGAGAAUGUCCCUCCUGGAGACACUGCUGCAGACUCAGAAGGAACUGACAGAUGCCAGCCAACAACUGGAACGGCUGAGGCAGGACAUGAAGGUUCAGAAGUUAAAGGAGCAGGAGACCACUGGGAUGCUGCAGACCCAGCUCCGGGAGGCUCAGCGGGAGCUGGAGCAGGCAGCCCAGCAGCACAGAGAUGACCUUGCUGCCCUCCAGGAAGAGGGUAGCAGCCUGCUGCAGGAGAAGAUAGAGCUGCAGAAGCAGGUGGAGGACUUGAAGACUCAGCUUGUUUCCAAGGAUGACUCCCAAAGGCUGGUGGAGCAGGAGGUUCAGGAGAAGCUGAGAGAGGCCCAGGAGUGUAGCCAAAUUCAGAAGGAGCUGGAGAGAGAGAAAGCCAGCCUGACUCUGUCACUGGUGGAAAAAGAACAGAGACUCCUUGUUUUACAAGAGGCUGACUCUGCUCGACAACAAGAGCUGAGCUCCCUGCGCCAGGACGUGCAGGAGGCCCAGGGAAGGCAGAAAGAGCUCAGCGCCCAGGUAGAAUUACUGAAGCAGGAGGUGAGGGAAAAGGAGGCUGACUUUCUAGCCCAGGAAGCACAUCUGCUGGAGGAGCUAGAGGCAUCUCAAGUAACAGAGCAGCAGCUGCGAGCUUCCUUGUGGGCCCAGGAAGCCAAGGCAGCCCAACUACAGCUGCGACUGCGCAGCACAGAGAACCAGCUGGAGGCACUGGCUGCAGAGCAGCAGCCUGGACACCAUGCCCAGGCCCAGCUGGCCAGCCUCUAUUCUGUCCUUCAGCAGGCCCUGGGGUCUGUUUGUGAGAGCAGGCCUGAGCUGAGCGGUGGGGGAGACUCUGCUCCCUCCCUCUUGGGUGCUGAGCCAGACCAGAAUGAAGCUAGGAUCCUCUUUAAGAGAGGACCCCUCCUGACGGCUCUCUCAGCUGAGGCGGUGGCGUCUGCCCUUCACAAGCUUCACCAGGACCUGUGGAAGACUCAACAGGCCCGGGAUGAUCUGAGGGAUCAGGCCCAGAAGCUGGAACAGCGUCUCACUGAUACGGAAGCUGAGAAGAACCAAGUCCACACAGAGCUUCGGCAUCUGCAGAGACAGCUCUCCCAGAACCAGGAAGAGAAAUCCAAGUGGGAAAGAAAACAGAGCUCCCUAGAAUCUGAGCUGAUGGAACUGCAUGAAACUGUGGCAUCCUUACAGAGUCGCCUACGGCGAGCAGAGCUGCAGGGAAUAGAAGCCCAGAAUGAGCGAGAGUUACUUCAGGCAGCAAAGGAGAACCUGACAGCCCAGGUGGAACAUCUGCAAGUAUCUGUUGCAGAAGCCAGGGCUCAGGCAAGUGCUGUCGGGGUCCUGGAAGAAGACCUGAAAACUGCUCGCUCAGCCCUGAAACUGAAAAACGAGGAGGUGGAGAACGAGCGUGAGAGAGCCCAGGCUCUUCAAGAGCAGGGCGAGCUGAAGGUGGCUCAGGGGAAGGCUUUGCAGGAGAAUUUGGCUAUCCUGGCCCACACCCUCUCUGAGAGAGAAGGGGAGGUGGAGACUUUGCAGGGAAAAAUCCAGGAACUGGAGACGCAACGGGAAAUGCAAAAAGCUGCUUUGGAAGUGCUGUCUCUGGACCUAAAGAAGAGGAACCAAGAGGUGGAUCUGCAACAAGAACAGAUUCAGGAGCUAGAGAAGUGUAGGUCUGUUUUAGAGCAUCUGCCCAUGGCCGUCCAAGAGCGAGAGCAGAAGCUGACUGUGCAGAGAGAGCAGAUCAAAGAGCUCGAGAAGGAUCGAGAGACGCAGAGGAACAUCUUGGAGCAUCAGCUUCUAGAACUUGAGAAGAAGGCUCAGGUGAUUGAGUCCCAGAAAGGACAGAUUCAGGAUCUGAAGAAGCAGUUGGUUACUCUGGAAUGCCUGGCCCUGGAACUAGAGGAAAAUCAUCACAAAAUGGAGUGCCAGCAAAAGGCAAUUGAGGAGCUAGAGGGCCAGAGGGAAAUGCAGAAAGUGGCUCUGACCCACCUUACACUGGACCUAGAGGAAAGGAGCCAGGAGCUGCAGGUGCGAAGCAGCCAGAUCCAUGAGCUUGAGAGCCACAGCACCCUUCUGGCAAGAGAGCUCCAGGAGAAGGACCAAGAGGUGAAGUCCCAGCGAGAACAGAUUGAGGAACUGCAGAGACAGAAAGAGCAUCUGACUCAGGACCUCGAGAGGAGGGAACAGGAGAUGCUGCUGCAGAAGGAGAGGAUUCAGGUCCUAGAAGAUCAGCGGAUGCUGCAGACCAAGAUCCUAGAGGAGGACCUGGAACAGAUCAAGCUGUCCUUGAGAGAGCGAGGCCGGGAGCUGGCCUCUCAGAGACAGCUGAUGCAGGAGCGGGCAGAGGAAGGCAAGGGCCAGAGUAAAGCACAGCGCGGGAGCCUAGAGCACCUGAAGCUGAUCCUGCGUGAUAAGGAGAAGGAGGUGGAAUGCCAGCAGGAGCGUAUCCAGGAACUUCAGGAGCACCAGGACCAGCUAGAGCAGCAGCUCCAGGGUCUACAUAGGAAGGUGGGGGAGACCAGCCUACUCCUAACCCAGCGAGAGCAGGAGAUAGUGGUCCUGCAGCAGCACCUGCAGGAAGCCAGGGAACAGGAGGAGCUGGAAAAGCAGUCACUUCAGGGUCAGCUGGAAGAGGCCCAGAGGGCUCUGGCCCAGAGGGACCAGGAGCUUGAGGCCCUGCAGCACCAACAGCGGCAGGCCCAGGGGCAGGAGGAGAAUGUGAAGGAAAAGACAAGCACACUACAGAGAGCUCUGGAGCAGGCCCAUAUGACACUAAAACAGCGCCAGGGAGAGCUUGAGGACUGCAAGGACCAUGUGAGAAGGCUCCAGGAAGAGCUGGCAGUGGAGGGACAGCGGGUACAGGCCCUGGAGGAGGUGUUGGGUGACCUAAGGGCUGAGUCUCAGGAGCAGGAGAAGGCUCUGCUGGCCCUCCAGCAGCAGUGUGCUGAGCAGGCACAGAAGCACGAGGAGGAGGCCAGGGCCCUGCAGGACAACUGGCUGCAGGCAGAGGCAAUGCUCAAGGAACGGGACCAGGAGCUGGACGCCCUGCGAGCAGAUAGCCAGUCCUCCCAGCAUCGGGAGGAGGCUGCCCAGGGCCUGGCUGAGGCUCUGCAGGAGGCCCUCAGCAAGGCUCAGGCUGCCCUGCAGGAGAAAGAGCAGCAUCUCCUUGGGCAGGCAGAACUGAGCCGCAGCCUGGAGGCCAGCACUGCCACCUUGCAGGCUGCCCUGGACUCCUGCCAGGCACAAGCCCGGCAGCUGGAGGAGUCCCUGAGGAAGCGGGAAGAUGAGAUCAAGGACCGCGAUCUCCGACACCAGGAGGCUCUGCAGCAGCUCCAGCAGGUACUUGCCCAGAGGGAUGAAGAGCUGAGACAUCAGAAGAAACAAAUGCAGCUGCUGGAGAAGUCUUUGGCCCAGAGGGGUGGGGAUGAUGUGAUCCAAGAGAAGCAGAAUCCGGGGCAGGAGAGAGAAGAGGAAGAGAGAAGGGGCCUUCAUGAGAGCCUAAGGGAGCUACAACUGAUUCUAGCCCAAAAGGAAGAGGAGAUCCUGGAGCUGAGGGAGGCUCAGCAAGAGAAGAGUCUGAAGGACUCACUCCACAGCCACAAAGCGUCCCCAGUGGAGGAGCCCACUACAAAAUUUGGUUCUUUAGGGCCCAGGCUGCAGCAGGAGCUGGAUCGACUACAAGUAGCCCUGAGGCAGACGGAGGCCAGGGAGAUCGAGUGGAGGGAGAAGGCUCAGGACUUGGCACUGUCCUUGGCCCAGAGCAAGGCCACUGUCAGCAGUCUGCAGGAGGUAGCCAUGUUCCUACAAGCCUCUGUCCUGGAGCGGGACUCAGAACAGCAGAGGCUGCAGGAUGAGUUGGAGCUCACCAGACGGGCUCUGGAGAAGGAGCGGCUCCAUAGCCCAGGCCCGACCAGCAGAGCCGAACGGGGUCCUAGAGGAGAGGCAGGUGUACAACUGGGAGAGGUCUCAGGAGUGGAGGCUGAGCCUAGUCCUGGGCUGGAGGAGAAGCAGCUAUGGGAACAAAGGCUUGAAUACCUACAGCAAGCAGUGGCACGGCUGGAGAUUGACCGGAGCAGGCUUCAGCGCCACAAUGUCCAGCUGCGGACCACCUUGGAACAGGUGGAGCGAGAGCGGAGGAAGCUGAAGAGGGAUUCCAUGCGUGCAUCUCGGACAGGGGUCGUAGAGAUCAGUGAAGCCACAGCAUCAUCGCCCACACAGCAGGAUGGAGGAGGAGGACAGAUGCGCUCCUCAGAUGCCAAGCACAUGGUUGAACUGCAGAAAGAGGUGGCCCUGCUGCGAGCCCAGCUGGCCUUGGAGAGGAAGCAGAAGCAAGACUACAUCGCUCGCUCGGUCCAGACCAGCCGUGAGCUAGCAGGCCUGCACCACAGCCUCUCCCACUCCCUUCUUGCCGUGGCCCAGGCCCCUGAGGCCACUGUCCUGGAGGCCGAGACCCGCAAGCUGGACGAGUCCCUGACUCAAAGUCUGACAUCCCCAGGACCAGUCCUGCUAUGCCCCAGCCCUGGCCCCAGUGCUACCCAAGCCACCUCCAGGUAGCAGCCUCAAACAAGGCAGGAUACAGCCCAGCCUGGGAGCACACAGACAGACAGCUGGCUGUGGAGUGAGUCGUGGCUCCUCCACACAGCUACAGGUUUGCCAAAAGAAAGGUCUGGCUCUCUUACCCAACCUGGGAGCCCCAGGUCAACCGGCAUACCUAGGAAGAGGGAAGGAAACCUACAAGGCUGGAGGAAGGCCCCAACUGACAAGGGAAUGAGGCAAAUUACACUUGCCUGCUAGCCUACCGAGUCACCCCGCUGAAUACCUUGCCCUGGCCAAGGGGCAUCUGCUGCCUCUAGUCUCGAAUUUGUUAUCCCAGCACUAUGCCCUCUCUUUCACCCUCCCCUUCAACAAUAAAUUCUGGGUCUUUGCAUUUG